AUAAAAAAUGAAAUUCUUAUUGAAAUGCCGCCAUUUCUCAUUUUCCAAUUUCAAAGGAGGAACACUAAAACCUUUCACUAGCCACAGAGAUCAAACAGCGGCAAUUUUCCGACAAUGAGAGGCGCCGGACGCCGUCGCACUAACUCUGCAGUGCCGGAUCGGCGACAUCCACCGCCGACUCCGAUCAACGACCCAAGGCAAUUUAUCUCCACCGGCGGCCGUGAUUCCGACGCAAGCUUUGCCAGUAGCCGGCCUUCAUCUGCCGGCGUAAACACUCGGUCCUCGGCUAUCCCCAUCUCCGACAGAUCCUAUCAACUCUCUGCUAUGCGUACAAUUAAUGCUUACCUUUCCUCCCACUCUCUCCCUUUUACUCUCAAACCCCCUCUCCCUUCUGCAAAAGAUAUCACCGAAACCCUAAAAUUCAUCCUCUCUCGUUUUGGAUUUUCCUCGGUAGAGUCGCAUAAACUCGAAGAUAAUCUCCAAACCCUACUGAAAUCCCUAAAUUGCCCUGUGAAAUUGAACAAAUCUGCAUUACGGGCCCCUGGGACACCUCAUUCUUGGCCUAGUCUACUUGCAGCAAUUCACUGGCUUGUUCAGCUGUGUAAAUUUGAUGAUCACCGGUUGAGUUCGGCUCAACCACUUGCUCCGGAUAAUAAGGAAUUGAGCUAUACUAUAGAGAGUUAUUUGCAUUACUUUAGGGGGAAAGAUGAACAAGUAGAUGAAUUGGAUCGUCAAUUUAUGCAAGAGUUGGAACAACAUAAGGAGCGGUUGGUUGAGAAUGUGAAUGUUUUGGAGGAGAAUGUGAAGGCUCAAGAGCAAAAGUUGGAAGCAAUGAAGACGGGACCAUCGGAAAGAGAGACGUUGGAGCAGGAGAAGAGUACGUUGGAGGAAGAUGUUAAGAAGUUUCAUGCUAUCAUUGAACAGUUAGAAGGGCAUAUAGUGACAAUGGAGAAGAUGGUGGAAGAGAAAGAGAAAGGGUUAGAGACUAAGGUUGCAGAGAAAGAGAGCAUUUGUGCAGAGAAUGAGGAGUUGAAGAAGAGAGUGGAGGAACAAGGGAUAAAUUCCAGGGAUGCAGAUAGGAUGAAGAGGGAGUUGCACGCUUUGGAAAGGGAUAUUGGGGAUAUCGAGAACCAGAGGAUUGAAUGGGAGGAGAAAGCUUGGGACCUCGACUCUGCCAUUGGGAACAUGUACAAGAAGCUUGAGGAGCUAAUGAUCGAGUGCAACCAAUCUAUCAGGAGGUUAAAGCUAGGAAAUGAAUUUCAGUAUCAAUUGAAUCCCCAAGGGUCCUCACCAGCGGAGGUAUUAGGUAUAGAUUACAAAAAAACAUUAAAGCCCACUCUUGCAUCCUUAGAAGAUGAGAUGAAAAAGAGUUCCAUGGGGAAAAUGGAAGAGUUGAUAUCUCUCCAGCAGCAGUCAGUUGAGAAGGCUACGAAAGUAGAGUCAAAGAGGAAUCGUCUGGCUGCUCUUCAGGCUCACAUUGAUAAUUUGGAGGCUCAGUUGGACUUGGUAAAGAAGGAAAGACAGGACUUCACAUCUAGCUGUGCAACAGAAGCCAGAAGGAUAGUUGAGGAAGUUGAAGCAGAGACGCGGAAGUUGGAUCAGGUUGAAAGAGAGGCGGAGGACUUUCUGAAGGCAUCAAAGGCCAAAUUGCAGGAAAUAAUUGCACAAACUGAGGAAGAAAUACAGUUGUGUGCCCGUGAACUCUUUGCUGUUGUUGAUUCAGUUUCAAAAUAUAAAGAGUAUAUUACAUCAAAAGUUGCCACGAUGAAGAAUGAUCUUGCAGAAGCUGCCGGGAAUAUAGCAGAUAUGCAUAAAGCUGGUUUGCCUGUCUCUGAUGCAAACCACUGACAUUAAGCCUCCUAAUGAUAAUUCCAUUUAUCUUAUGUUUUUUUUUUGUUAUUACUAAAAUAUGGUUUAAUUCUAUGCCUUACAAGAUCUGCCAGUAUGUAUCCUUCUGUGUGGUCUUUAGAAGAGUGAAGCUAAUGAUUAGACUAUUGCUGAUAA